AUGUUCGAGAGGAUUACCAAUGGGUACCUCAUACCGCUUCUCACCUUAGUGGUCAACCACGUUCCAGGGUUCAUUUGGGUCAUUAUGGAGUUUGUGGUUGAUAUCUUCUUUUUCUGGGUGAAGAAGCUUUAUCAAAUUUAUCUUAGGAAAAACCCUCUAAGGGAAAACCUCAAAGAUUUAAAGAAUGCUUCUAGUUAUAGUGAAUGGAAGAAAACCGCAGGCGAAAUAGACAGAUUGACGAACAUUGAACUUUGGCGUCAGAAUUUCAUUUCUAAACAUUAUGACUACAUUCUUAUCAACGACAGGUUGAAACUUCUUCGGGAGGCCCGGUUGAAUGGGAACUCCCAACUUAUUAUGUCUCUAUUCCGGUCUGGACUAAUUCGGAACUUUGGGGGUAUUUCACAAAAGAAAUUAUACAUAAAAUCAUAUUUAGGAACAAAGUUUAAGAUUGAGGAGUAUAUAAGUGAAGUAUUGAGUUGUUUGAACUAUCUUAACGAGUCUAUAACUCAACCAACGCUCAAGGAAAGUGAACAGUUUGUCAUGAACUCGAAGCAAUUGAAAUUAGACUUUUUCCAUGAUGCCCGACAAUCAUUUGGAUGCACUGCACUUUUACUUCAAGGGGGGUCACUCUUUGGCUUAUGUCAUUUGGGAGUUGUUAAAGCAUUGUAUUUCAAAGGUUUGCUUCCAAGAAUAAUCGGUGGUAGUGCCGUUGGGGCUGCUGUCGCAUCAUUGGUUUGUACACUUACAGACCAAGAAUUGAUCCCUAUAUUGGUAUCCCCAGCGGAUGUCAUGUGUAACAUUGAUAGGUUGAAUCAUGACGUUGAUGAAAGAUAUGGUAAUGUGAUUGAGAAUGUGGUCAAGAAGGGUUACUCUCAGGAUAUUUUAAUUUUCCUCAAAUUUGUACGGGAUACAAUUGGAGAUUUAACUUUUGAAGAAGCUUACUUGAAGACAGAAAAGGUAUUGAACAUUUUCAUUCAUCCAACUCAUCAAUCAGUACCAAGUUUACUUAAUUAUAUCACAGCGCCAAAUGUGAUUAUUUGGACCGCUAUAUACGCAUCCAUUGGUACAGGGGUGCUUUCUGAUAACGUUCAGUUAUACGUUAAAGAUUUUAAUAAUAAUAUUGUUUCAAAAUCUCCUGAUUUUGACGUUGUAUUCUUGAAACCACAAGAAGUGAAUUACCUGCAACAAUAUUUCCAAUCAAACAAGAAAUCUGAUGAGAAAUCCGAUUACUCAGGAGGACCUUUCAGUUUCAAAUAUCACUUAAAAGAGAACUCUCCAUAUACAAGACUUACAGAGUUAUUCAAUGUGAACCACUUUAUCAUUAGUUUGGCAAGACCAUACUUAGCACCUUUAAUCAGUAAUGAUUUAAAGCAUUAUCAUUCAUACAGCAAUUAUUCUAGCAUGGAAUCCAAACAAGACCUUACAGACACUCCUCGUAGUGGCGAUGUGAAAUCUUCUAAUAAAGUUAAGGCUAGUCAAGCAAACAUCGAAAGAAAUACCAAGGAUUCAAACUACAAUUUCCGUAAACAUAUGAAAAAUAUUAUUGGGCUUGAAAUACAACAUCGGUUAGCAGUAAUGAACAAAUUAGGAAUACUUUCCGACUUUGUUAAGAGGCUUUGUAUUGACGAGAAACCAUCCACUCCGCAAUCAUUGACCAGUAUCCGUGAGAUUACCGUUGUUCCAGAAUUAAGAUAUCUAUUGAAAGAUUUUGGACGGGUCUUUGAUGUGCACAAGACCAUGGAAAACAUUCCAUAUUGGGUACUAGUUGGAGAAAAGUCUGUUUGGCCACUAUUCCCCUUAUUAUGGACCAGAUGUUCAAUCGAAUUUGCCCUAGAUGAUUUGUAUAAUAUACAUAGAAAAAAGAGUUGA